ACAGAAGAAACUCGUGCCACGGUCACGAUUGUGCAUAGGCAUCGAUUGACCAUCCCUCUUCCUCUCGAGUUCCCAUUUGUGGAAUGAUUGAUGCGGUUUAGUUCUAGCCCGUCGAUCAGCGUGCGCCCGCCGGCGUUAGCCGCUUUGAAAUCACGCUUUCUUAUAAUUGAUAGCGGCCCAUUCGCCUGAGUGAUUUACUUGGAAGCGCCACAAUUAACACGUCAUUAAUUUCUACCGGUUUCCCAUUUUGUUUUGACUACGGUUCUUCGCGAUUCGAUUACGGAGGCGAUCCCGAGUCAGCUCUUAUCAGUGCCGUUCUCACAUUCGCGGACAUGCUGCCUGUAUUCCGAAGAUCGAUCAUUCGGCGAGCUACCUUCGAACCGCGCGGACGCUGUAAGACAAUUUCUGCCCGUUAUCAUCGCCGGCGCUUUCUUGGGUCGAACUUCGGUAAGGUGAUCUAGUGUUGGGUGAAUUAUUAGCUGAAACAGAAAUGUGCGCAUCGACGCGAUGCGUUGCGUUCCGGUUCAUGCUGCUUUUGCUGAUUAUGCAAUUGGCUGGCGCCGGGCGCCAUGUCAACGGACAAUCGUAUCAUCAGCCCGUCGCCAGUGCAAUUACCACCGGAGAGGUCAACUGUAACGAUCUGUUCACCGUGGACCGCGAAAGCUACUACCAGAAGCGAUACGAGGGAACCCUGCAGCUGAAGAGCGACGUCACGCUGCGUGACGUUGAGAUCGAUCUUCGGUUCGAUCGACAAGUCGAUCUGCUGGUGAAUUAUUUUGGUGUCGCUGGUAGUGUUAAUAAUCGUGAUUUUCGAAUAACAAAGUCAGGAUACAAGCUAUUUGCUCUCACGGCAUUGAAUAUCAAACUUGAAGUCAGCUAUUCUACAUCCUCGCCGCCCCGGUUGGAGGAAGUUAGACUUAAUGGGAUUGUUGUAUGUCCUGUGAAGUUCGUUAGCAGAACCAGCGCAACAACGGAGCCGACAACCCCGGUGUAUCGCUACCCACCGAACAGUUGGAGUCUCAACCCGAAUCCAGUACCACUGCUGCGUCCAUCGGCGAUCGGUAAUGUACCAUCGUUCCAACCGAUCCAACAACCCGUAGCAGCAGCAGUGCCGAGAAAUUUCACCGAUGAACGAGAAAAUCGUUUCAACUCAACAUGUGCAGCUAUGGGUCCAAACAUUAUCAUCACUUCCGGUCGAUGGGAUGGAGAGCUUACGCUGCAUACCGAUGUGGCCGUUGAUCGUGUGCAGAUUGAGAUUGUGUUCGAUCGACCGGUUUACGUUCUUGGGAACCUUUUCGGCGAAGUCCAUACCCUGGACGGCGUGCGCUUCGUGAUCGAAAACGGCACCCUGGCAUUGGCAGCCGAUGCUGAGGUAAAGCUCAACUUUUUCGUCAAGUUUAACGAGAACGGACGCAUCCCGGACGUCCAGGAGGUGAACUUCAACGAUCGCGAUCUGUGUCGGCAACGAGUGCGACGCGUUUCCGCCGCUACCAGUGAAGCAUCCGUGGGGAUUUUCGACACAAGGAGUACAACUACCGAGAGGGCGGCAUUUGAGUGGGUAACUACCCCAAAAUCCCAGUCGGAAGAAGAGUAUGAUGAAAGUGAUUGUGCCACUGCAUAUCCGUCUAGUGAGUCCAUUGUACAAGCUAGGAUCAUUGGAGGAACGAAUGCAAAAUCCGGAGAGAUUCCUUGGCACGUUGCCAUCUACUAUGAUGAUCAAUACCAAUGUGGAGGCAGUAUCAUCUCAAAAAGAAGCAUUCUAACAGCAGCUCAUUGUCUCACCAAAGAGAACAGCAACGAAACGUUGGAAAUGGAUCUCUUCAAAAUCUACAUCGGUAUCGUGGAUAUCGGUUUGAUAGAUGAUUACUUCUUUCACACUGCUGAAAGUGCCACGAUCCAUCGAGACUACAAUUCGGCCACGCAAACGACAGACAUUGGUAUCCUUAAACUGAAGAGAGAUAUCAUUUUCAACAACUUUAUCAAACCGGUCUGCCUGUAUCGGAACACAACGGACAUCAGUUCGUUCUAUAAUCGGUACGGGAAGGUAGCCGGUUGGGGAAUCAACAGGAAUGGAGUGGUUACAAACAUGCUGAACUACCUGGACAUGCCAGUGGUUUCGCAGAAGAAGUGCUCACAGACCAAUAUCCAGUACAAUACGGUUCUUGCGUUUGGUGAAUCGUUCUGCGCGGGACAUGCUGAUGGUAAUUCUGUGUGCAACGGAGACAGCGGAGGAGGACUGGUAUUCGUCGACGAUUAUCGAUACUAUCUGCGCGGAAUUGUGUCCAUCAGUGCCCAAAAACGAAACCAACUCAUGUGCGACCCGAAUCGCUACUCAGUGUUCACCGAUGUGUCCAAAUUUCUCAAAUGGAUUCGUCAAAACAUGGACUAGCACAAUAAACAUUUACAAAAGGAA